GUCGCGCCGGCCCGGCGUCCCUGUGCAGCCUCCGCCACCGAUGGGGGAGGUGGAGCCGGGGCCCGCGGGCCCGCUCGAGCCCCCGGAGCCGCCCGAAGCGCCCGCGAGCCGCCGGCCGGGCGGAAUCCGGGUCCUGAAGAGAAAUAUGAAACGCAAUGGGAGCAGGAAUUGUUUGAAUAGGCGGAGUAGGUUUGGUUCUCGAGAAAGAGACUGGCUGAGAGAAGAUGUCAGGAGAGGUUGUGUGUACCUGUAUGGCGCCGACUCGACCACUGCCACCGCCAGCGCUUCUGCCUCCGCCUCCUCCGACUUGCAUCUGGUUCUGUGCACUGUGGAGACGCCAGCAUCAGAGAUCUGUGCCGGAGAGGGAAGGGAAAGUCUUUAUUUACAGCUUCAUGGGGACCUGGUCAGGAGACUGGAACCUACUGAACGACCUCUUCAGAUUGUGUAUGAUUACUUAUCCAGGCUGGGAUUUGAUGACCCUGUGCGUAUACAGGAGGAGGCAACAGAUCCUGACCUUGGCUGUAUGCUUCGAUUUUAUGGUGAAAAACCAUGCCAGAUGGAUCAUCUGGAUCGAAUCCUUCUGUCUGGCAUCUAUAAUGUACGCAAGGGAAAGACCCAGCUGCAUAAGUGGGCUGAACGCCUAGUUGUUCUCUGUGGGACGUGCCUCAUCGUUUCCUCGGUGAAGGAUUGUCAGACUGGGAAGAUGCACAUUUUGCCUCUGGUUGGGGGAAAGGUGGAAGAAGUGAAGCGACGGCAGCACUCCCUGGCGUUCAGCUCAGCCGGAGCCCAAGCUCAGACCUAUCAUGUCAGCUUUGAGACGCUGGCCGAGUGCCAGAGAUGGCAGCGACAGGCAUCCAAGGUGGUGUCCCAGCGAAUCAGCACUGUUGACCUGUCAUGUUACAGCCUUGAGGAGGUUCCUGAGCAUCUCUUCUACAGUCAAGAUAUCACCUACCUCAAUUUGCGACAUAAUUUUAUGCAGUUGGAAAGACCUGGGGGCCUUGACACUCUCUACAGAUUUUCUCAGCUGAAGGGCCUAAACUUGUCCCAUAAUAAACUUGGUUUGUUUCCUGUAUUGUUAUGUGAGAUUUCUACCCUCACUGAGCUCAACCUCUCCUGUAACGGAAUUCAUGACCUGCCGAGUCAGAUUGGCAGUCUGCUAAAUCUUCAAACCCUCUGUCUUGAUGGCAACUUUCUGACGACUUUACCAGAAGAAUUGGGAAAUCUGCAACAGCUCUCUUCCCUGGGAAUUUCCUUUAACAACUUCAGUCAAAUUCCAGAGGUUUAUGAGAAACUCAGUAUGUUAGAUAAAGUGGUUAUGGCGGGAAAUCGCCUGGAAGUCCUAAAACUUGGGGUUCUGAGCAGGAUGAGCCAUAUCAGACAUGUGGAUUUCAGGAUGAACCAUUUGAAAACUGUGGUUACGGAAAAUCUGGAGGGAAAUAAGUACAUCACUCAUAUGGAUCUGCGGGACAAUCAACUGUCUGACUUAGAUCUUAGCUCCUUGUGUAGCUUGGAGCAGCUGCACUGUGAACGGAACCAGCUGCGAGAGCUGACGCUCAGUGGCUUCUCCCUCCGAACGCUCUACGCCAGUUCCAACAGGCUGACAGCAGUGAAUGUCUAUCCAGUACCCAGUCAACUCACUUCUCUAGAACUUUCCCGAAACCUGCUAGAGUGUGUCCCUGACUGGGCCUGUGAAGCAAAGAAGAUGGAAAUAUUAGAUGUGAGCUAUAAUCUUCUGACAGAGGUUCCCUUGAGAAUCCUUAGUAGCUUGAGUCUCAGAAAGCUAAUGGUGGGGCACAACCAGGUGCAGAGCCUCCCGGUGCUGGCGGAGCACAUCCCUUUGGAGGCGCUGGAUAUUCAGCAUAACCUGCUCACCAGGCUGCCAGAUACGCUCUUCUCCAAGGCCUUAAAUCUCAGAUACUUGAAUGCAUCUGCAAACAGUCUGGAAUCUUUGCCAUCUGCUGGCGCUGGAGAGGAGAGUCUGAGUGCUCUGCAGCUGCUCUAUCUGACCAACAACCUCCUGACAGACCAGUGUGUGCCUGUUCUGGUGGGCCACCCGCACCUGCGGAUCCUGCAUCUUGCCAACAACCAGCUACAGACCUUUCCUGCAAGCAAACUAAAUAAAUUGGAGCAGUUGGAAGAACUGAACCUAAGUGGCAACAAGCUUAAAACCAUUCCCACGACCAUAGCCAACUGCAAAAGGCUUCACACCCUUGUGGCGCACUCCAACAACAUCAGUAUUUUCCCAGAGAUACUGCAGUUGCCUCAGAUCCAGUUUGUAGACCUAAGUUGCAAUGACUUGACAGAAAUCCUGAUUCCCGAGGCUCUGCCUGCUACUUUACAAGACCUUGACCUGACUGGAAAUACAAAUCUGGUUCUGGAACACAAGACGCUGGACACAUUUAGCCAUAUCACCACCUUGAAAAUUGACCAGAAACCUUUGCCAACCACCGAUGCUACACUUACAUCAACCUUCUGGAGCCAUGGACUGGCUGAGAUGGCAGGGCAGAGAAAUAAGCUGUGUGUCUCUGCCCUGGCUGUGGAUAACUUUGCAGAGGGGGUGGGCGCGGUAUACGGCAUGUUUGACGGGGACCGGAACGAGGAGCUCCCUCGCCUGCUCCAGUGUACCAUGGCGGACGUGCUUUUGGAAGAAGUGCAGCAGUCAACAAAUGACACGGUGUUCAUGGCUAACACCUUCUUGGUAUCUCACAGGAAAUUGGGAAUGGCCGGCCAGAAGCUGGGCUCCUCCGCUCUCCUUUGUUACAUCCGCCCCGACACUGCCGACCCAACAAGUAGUUUCAGCCUGACUGUAGCCAACGUUGGCACGUGCCAAGCGGUCCUGUGCCGCAGUGGGAAGCCAGUGCCCCUCUCGAAAGUCUUCAGCCUGGAGCAGGACCCAGAGGAGGCUCAAAGGGUGAAGGACCAGAAAGCCAUCAUAACAGAGGACAACAAAGUGAACGGGGUAACCUGCUGUACCCGGAUGCUGGGCUGUACAUACCUCUACCCUUGGAUCCUCCCUAAACCCCACAUAUCUGCCACUCCACUUACCAUUCAAGAUGAGUUGCUGAUUCUGGGAAACAAAGCAUUGUGGGAACACCUGUCAUACACAGAAGCUGUCGACGCAGUACGCCAUGUACAGGACCCAUUAGCAGCUGCCAAGAAGCUGUGCACGUUAGCCCAGAGCUAUGGUUGUCAGGACAAUGUGGGGGCGAUGGUGGUUUAUUUGAACAUUGGAGAGGAAGGGUGCACGUGUGAAAUGAAUGGGCUCACUCUCCCAGGUCCUGUGGGAUUUGCUUCAACCACUGUCCUCAAGGACCCCCCCAAGCCAACCACUCCUUCCUCCAGCAGUGGCAUUGCCUCUGAGUUCGGCAGCGAGAUGUCCACCUCAGAGGUGAGCAGCGAGGUGGGGUCCACCGCUUCUGACGAACACAACACUGUCGGGCUGGAUGCUGGCUUGCUUCCAAGGCCGGAGAGGCGCUGCAGCCUCCACCCAACACCCACCUCCGCGCUCUUUCAGCGCCAGCCUUCUUGUGCGACUUUCUCAAGUAACCAGUCUGACAAUGGCCUGGACAGUGAUGACGACCAGCCUGUCGAAGGUGUCAUAACAAAUGGCAGCAAAGUAGAAGUCGAAGUAGAUAUCCACUGCUGUCGGGGAAGGGAUCUCGAGAACUCUCCCACUCUGAGAGAGAAUUCUCCUACCCCGUGUCCUGAGGAACAUGCUAGAGGAUCGUUUUUUGGGAUCCGAAGACAGAACAGUGUGAAUAGUGGCAUACUUGUGCCAGGGAGCAAGGACAGGAUGGAGUUACAGAAGUCCCCCUCCACUUCCUGUCUGUACGGAAAGAAACUCUCGAAUGGCUCUAUCGUGCCCCUAGAAGAUAGCCUGAACCUCAUUGAAGUGGCCACAGAAGCACCCAAGAAGAAGACUGGCUACUUCGCUGCCCCGACUCAGCUGGAGCCGGAGGAUCAGUUUGUUGUACCUCGUGACCUGGAGGAAGAAGUCAAAGAGCAAAUGAAGCAACACCAGGAAAGCAGACCCGAGCCUGAGCCCCACGAAGAGGAUCGGACCGAGCUCCCGGAGGAGUUUGACACGGCCCUGUAACCCUCCCCCGGGAGCCGGAGCGUUGGGCAAGGCUGCGCCCUGUCAGGGUAGGGAUCCUACCGGAGGCACGGUGCUUUUGCUUUCCUAAACCGUAGCCGAGGGGGUAGAACUUGGAGCCAAACGUGGUAAGAGCUAUCAGGGUCCUGCUCCGGGAUAAGCUAAUAAACACCAUCAGUGUUAAGUUUCACAUUUAACCUGCAUUGGAAUUCCCAGAGUUACUGGGAAGAAAGCCAGUGUGGUUCUGUAUCAGUCCUACCACCUGCCAUUAACCCUUUCUCUCCUAGGAUAAUUUGAGAAUUUGCCUGCCUGGGCAGGAAAGGGACUUUUUCUGUGGAGGAAAUAACUGAAGAUUGAUUCUCUUUACUAAUUGCUGCUGAUGGAUCUCUGUGACAGAGAAAUCACCUUAUAUCUCAGCCUAACUGAUGGGAUGUGAUGUGACUAGUCACAUGGCUUUUCAUUCUUCUCUACGAGAAUACAGCCUUUCGAAAUGAUGUUUAUUGGAAAUGUAGAACCAAUCAAACCGAUAAUUUAUGUAUGUAAUGUAAUGAGAGCACUUUUCAUUGACUGUGAACUUUUUAUUUUUGAAUCUGCACUCGAGCCAAUCUUCUUAGAGGCAGCCCGGCACCUUUGUCUGUAGACAGAAUGAUCAUCAGGUGUUGGAGCAUUCUGUGAGGGUACCAGGAAGGGCCCUGGGCAGUCUUCGAACUGUUGGAGGGCAGCCUGGGAAAGCUCCUGGGAAACUUGGGGGAGUAGGAUCUUCGGGCAUGAAGAUCGGGAAGGAAGGAGAAUUAAGGCUGCUUCCCCGUCAGUCAGAAAAAGAGAUCUAAUUCCUUGACACGUGUUGACACCUGCCAGGAAUUGCCCAGGAGAUCACAAGAGAAGUAUUUGGGGACUGGCCUCUUCCCACAACGUGUGAUGGAGUUGGCAGCCAGCCUCCUCACAUGUAGGGCCAAGGCCGAUGCUGCUUGCCUCCAGGUAACCUUGAGUGUAGCAGGUGACUCUACACAGACUGAGGCUGAAUGAGAGCAGACGGGUGGACGGAGCUCAUGGGUUAGACAUGGUCCCUCUCUCACUCUAGAGCAGAGAGAUCGUUUCCUAAAGUGUCAGAAAUGAGUUCACAUCUUUAAUGAUGAACAGAGUACGCUUCUGAAAACUGCUUAUCCACCUCACAUGGUUUCGGAGUACGAGGCUCAAUUAAUAGGAGGAGGAAGGAGGACUUAGUUAGAAAAAUCCUAAGCUUACAGAAAACCUGGUUGACUGUAUUUUUGCACAUUCCACAUAACCCUAGCAAAUAGCAGUUCCUUCCAUAUUUCUGUUCUAUUGCCUUUUCCAUUAGAAGACUUACUUAGGAAACUAAUUC